AAAAAACAGAGUUAACCUGGAAAUCAAAGAAGUAAGGAAUAUCCACCUGAGCAGAAUGGAAUUCUCAUUAACUUGAAUACAAAUCUUCUAAACUAUACAACACUUUUUAAAGAACUGUUCACCCAAUAGAUCACCCUCAUGUUGUUACAAACCUGUCUGUUUCUCUUUCUUCUAUGGAACACAAUAGAAGAAAUUUGGCAGAAUGUCUAAGCUGCUCAUUCUGAUGAAUGGGGAAUGAGGCUAUCAAGCUAAAAAAAAAAAAAAAAGAAGAAAAAAAAAAAGCUCCACUAGGACUCUUGAGAUGGCUAUAUGGUCCUUUGGUUCUUGAGAUCAGUUUGGUUAUUGGUCAAUGGUCAGUCAGAUUAGUUUUUGGGUUCUUUAAACAACCAGCACCCAAGGAAGAAAAGAAUAAACUGUUAUUUAUGGAACUUUAAAUGGAUCUCCUAAGGCACUGGACUGUAAAACCCUUUUUUGGUUCUAUCUGGAACCUUUAUUUUAAGAUUUAAAAAACAAAUCUACUUUCUACUUUGGUUCUACAAGCUUUUUUCUCUGUUCCUCUCUGUUUUAUCUCAAAUUACCCCUUUUUAUUAAAGAAUGAUAUCCUGGAUAAAUUUCAAUCAGGAUUUAGAGCUGGUCACAGCACAGAGGGUGCUCAGCUAAAAGUUGUAAAUGAUUUAUUAGUAGCUGUUGACAAUGGGCUGUCUGUAAUUUUAAUCGUGUUAGAUCUCAGCGCAGCAUUCGACACUGUUGAGCACUCAAUACUUCUAGACCGUUUAGAGCGUGAUGUUGGCAUUCGAGGGACCGUACUAAAAUGGUUUGAUUCUUAUCUACAUGAUAGAACAUUCUCAGUGAAAAUUAGAAACUAUUCCUCCCCUUCGGUUACCCUAAAAUAUGGCCUCCCUCAAGGUUCUAUUUUGGGUCCUAUUCUGUUUUCACUAUAUAUGCACCCUCUAGGGUCUAUUUGCCACCAUCAUGCCAUUUCUUAUCACAUGUAUGCGGAUGACACUCAGUUUUAUCUACCUUUGAAAUUUGGGAAUAAUCAGUCUCUUAAGUCCCUUAUGGACUGUUUGGAAAAUACUUAAAGUUGGUUAUCUAACAAUUUUCUACAACUUAAUGAUAUUAAGUCAGAGAUUAUUAUAUUUGGUUCACCAAACUAUACAGAGAAGAUAACCAGUACUCAUGCUCCCUUAGCGAUAACUGUGAAAGACAGUGCGAGAAAUCUAGGUGUUAUAACUGAUUCAACCCUUAGCUUUGAUAAACAGAUAAAUUCUGUUGUACAAGGCAGCUUAUAUCAGCUUAGAAUGAUUUCUAGGCUAACACCCGUCCUUAGUUUCAAUGAUUUAGAGAUAGUAGUUCAUGCUUUUAUUACAUCCAGGCUGGACUACCGCAACUUUCUUUAUGCAGGACUCUGUUAGCGGCAACUGUCCCGCCUGCAGCUUGUCCAGAAUGCUGCAGCCAGGCUACUGACUGGCAUUAAAAAAGGGAGCUUAUUACCACUGUGUUAUCAUCUCUUCACUGGCUGCCGGUUCAGUACAGGAUUGAGUUUAUUAUUUGUUUUUAAAGCACUACACAAUUUGUCUCCACAUUACAUUGGAUAUAUAAUUUAAGCCUUUAUAUUUCUUCCAGGCCACUGAGAUCUACAAACCAAAUGUUGCUGGCUGUCCCUCGGUCCAAGCAAAUGUCAAAGGGUGAUUGAGCAUUCUCUGUAGCUGCUCCUAAAUUAUGGAAUAAUCUUCCCCUUUAUAUUUGUUCUGUCCCGUCUACAGAGAUUUUUAAGUCUCACCUGAAAACACAACAUUUUACAUUGGCAUUUGAAUCGGAGGAAUCCUGAGUAUUGGAGAUACCUGCUCUGACAUUGAUCUCAUCUUGUAUAUGCAGCUUUUUAUUAGAGUUUAUAAUGCUUUAAAAUGUAUUGUGUAUGUGCGUUGAUGUUGUUUGUUAAUUUACUAUUUUUAAAUUUCUAAAUUGUGAAGCACUUUGGUCAACUCUGUUGUUUUUAAAUGUGCUAUAUAAAUCAAAUUUAGUUGAUUUCUUCUAAGAUUCAUUGUAUAUACACAAGAAAAAAGCCCUUGCAGGCUAUAGUCUUAUAUCUUGACGAAAAAUGUCAUGCACGAUGACUUCAUAUCAAAACAUACUCUGAACAAAAAACAAAUGCUCUCAUCCAUCAUAUGUUAAUCAAAUACUAAAUAGUUAAUAAUACUUCAUUCUUAAUAAUUAUUAAAUAAAAAUUAUUUAGGCCUGUCUUUAUUUGCUUGACUACUGUAAUGUCUAUACUUAUAAGAGAGGCUUUGUAACACCCAAGGACACACAGGAGGCAUCACUGAUAAGCUGAUGCUGACUUAUUUAGAUUACGCCACAGAAGCCAACUCACCCCAACGGAUCCACCAUAUCUGAAUUACCAGACUUGUUUAUACUAGCAGCCCAAACCAGAUUCCAGGUCAGCUGAGGGUUCAGUGUUUGUCCUGACAUUAGUGGUCAUGAGUAACUGCAGUCUUAUCCUGGAUCAGCCUCUCCUCUGGAACACAGCCAGCUCAGGGGGAAACUCUUAAACAGUAUUUGUGACAGGUGGCUGAAGCUCCAGACUGGAAAAAUUAGGAUGUGGAGGCAAUUUGCAGUCUAGUUUGACAUGCAUAGGCAGUCAACCCCUCGACACGGAUUAUUCCAAUUUAAGAAAGGCAGGAUUUAUGAUUGCUUGAGCAGUUUGCUUUUCAUUUGAUAACCAGAGAUAGGAACAGAUGUGCCAGGGUGGUCGACUUAUCGACUAGGUGUCUAAGAACUGACUAGUCGAUUAGUGGGGUUGACUACUAACAUUCAUAUCUUUAGUGGUGGUGGUUUUAAAGGGAAACGCAAUUCUCAAAUUAAUUAAGAGACGCAACUUCUUAGAGAGUGUUUUUGUGUGAUGAUAGCUUUCUGUGCUUAACAAUUAAUCACAGUCAGCACAGUAAAACCUCUGUUGGUCCAUACAAUGCAAGUGAAUGGUGACCAGACCUUUCAAGCUCCAAAAAUCACAUAAAGGCAGCAUAAAAGUAAUCCAUUUGACUCCAGUGGUUAAAUACAUAUCUUCAGAAGUGAUAUAAUUGGUGUGGGUGAGAAACAGAUCAAUAUUUAAGUCCUUUCAGAAUGUGAAAUUGGAGAUUUAUAGUAAAAAAGGAUUGAAAUAUUGAUCUGUUUCUCACCCAAAGUUAUACUUUUACUUUCAUUUGAGCACAUCAACAUGAUUGGCUAGGGAGAGAAUAAUCAGUCUCUGGACUCCAGUCAAAUCAAAUCAUUGUGCAUAGAAAACUUAAAUGGCAGCAAUAGACCUGGCGCCAACUUCUACUAAUCAUGGAGGAGGUCGUGGUAAUGUGGAGGCUGCCUCAAGCAGCAGUACAACACUUGGAUAUCCGCACCUAAAAGGGCUUUUCACAAUGAAGACGAAGAAGGGCAAUUACGUGAUCGUGUCAUGUCAGCUUUGCUUGCCUAAACCAGUCGAGAUAUUGGCAUUCAAGAGUUCUACCUCUAAUUUGAAGAAACAUAUCAAGCAAGCUGUUUGUGGACCUAGUAGGGUGUCUUUCCUAACAAGCAGAAGGCCAGACACCACAAAGCUGUAUGAUUUCAAUUCCUACUGGAGAGUUCAUGCAGGAAACUACACUACACUUCCCCAAUACUUCAAGUCUAAUGGAUACACCACUUUAUCAGUGGGCAAAGUUUUCCAUCCAGGCAUUGCCUCCAACCACUCGGAUGAUUACCCGUACAGCUGGUCUGUACCGCCGUAUCAUCCACCCUCUUUUAAAUAUGAAAAGAGGAAGGUUUGUAAAAACAAAGAUGGCACAAUGCACAGUAAUUUGCUGUGUCCAGUGGAUGUGUCAGAGAUGCCUUUAGGAACUCUUCCUGAUAUGGAGAAUACAGCAGAGGCCAUACGACUGCUGGAGUCUAUGAAAGGCUCUAAGAAUCCAUUCUUCCUGGCGGUAGGCUUCUAUAAGCCACAUAUUCCUUUCAGAAUCCCACGGGAGUAUCUAAAGCUCUAUCCUGUUGAAAGCAUGACACUGGCUCCAGACCCUGAUGUUCCUAAGAAGCUUCCCGAUGUGGCAUACAACCCUUGGACUGACAUCCGCAAAAGGGAAGACGUUAAGGCUUUAAAUCUGAGCUUUCCGUAUGGCCCCAUUCCUAAAGAUUUUCAGUUGCAGAUUCGACAACACUACUUUGCCUCAGUGUCAUACAUGGAUGCUCAAGUCGGAAACAUUUUGCAUGCCCUUGAUGAUCUCGGCCUUACCAAUGACACCAUCAUAGUGUUCAGCUCAGAUCACGGUUGGUCAUUAGGGGAACAUGGUGAGUGGGCCAAAUACAGCAACUUUGAUGUGGCCACCCGAGUGCCAUUGAUCGUGUAUAGGCCAGGUGUGACCUCAUCUUUCCCUCGGCCUGGGGAGAAGAUAUUCCCCUUCAUCGAUGUGUUUCAGAGCACACGGGGGCAUUUUGGCAAAGGUCAAGGGGUCGAGAGUGUGGUGGAACUUGUGGAUAUAUUCCCCACGCUGUCAAACCUGGCAGGGCUGCGUCCUCUCCGCCGCUGUCCCUCUCAAUCCUUUAAGAUUGAGCUGUGCACGGAGGGCUCCAACCUGGCCUAUCUCAUCCGUUACCCACAUAGAGAGCACAGCAGGGAGGCCUACUCAUUCAGCCAGUACCCUCGGCCAUCUGACUCUAUCCAAGAGAACUCUGACCUGCCUGACCUAGCCGACAUCCGCAUCAUGGGCUACUCCAUUCGCUCCACUGACUAUCGGUUCACCGUAUGGGUGGGCUUUGACCCCCUCCACUGUCAACCUAACAUGACGGACUUCCAUGCAGAGCAUCUUGGACUAAUGAGCACUAACUUCAAAGAAGCAUAUUUUUCUAUUUUGACCUCCUUUUCAAACGACAGCUGGCAUAUGUCGCAUUUCUCUCGCAAUUAUUUCCAUGGAGACACUGUGAAAGGAAACACAAGUACAGACUUUGCUGGCACAUAACAUGCGCAAACUAAAAUUGUUUGGUGAAGAAAUGUAUCUGUAAAGAGAAUUAUGAUUACUAUCUCAUCAGCAACAUUGUUUUUCACAUUCAAGUGUUUGCGAAACACCUUCUAAGUGAUUAUAUUAACAUUACAGGAAAUGCAGUUCCUCAAGUUUUAAAUACUUUUUUGUCUUUUUUUUUUUUUAUCUUUGUUGACAUAUAUAAUCUCCUUAUGCAUGUCACCACUAUUACACUUUAUGAUGCAUUAUUAAGGUGAUGAGCGGAAAAUGCCAUACAGUAUUUGUCAUGUCCCUGGAUGCUACACAUUAUCUCCUAAAAUGGAAAACUGGCAAUUUAUUCAACAAUGUGUAUUUGACAUGUUUCUUGAUUUUUUCCUAAUUAUAAUGUUUCAAACAAAACAUGUCUUUUUAGGAAUAUUCCAGUAACUGGUAGUUAAUUUACCUUUUCUUUCUAUAUUACUUUUCAUCCUGUUUACGUAAUAUCCCUUUAACUAAAAAAGCCAGUUCCUUAAUACACAAAGAUCAGUAAGUAUUAGCAAUAGAUUUUAUGAAUUUUGUGAUGUUUUGUGGUGUUGUUUUGUAUGGCUCUAAAAUAUUCCAUCCUGUUUGAUAAAAUUGAUGGUCAAAAAAUAUCAAAACUAACUUUAUGUUGAUACCCCCGUGUAAGCUAACUCUUAAUAACUUACUGAGCAAUAGAGCUUAUGUUUUUAUUUGCAUGAGUAGAGCAGAAAAAUAUUUUAUUAUUAUUUAUUAAAAUGUUAAGCAGUGAAUUUUUUUUAUUUUGAAAUAUGAUUCAUAUUUAAAAAAACUUUUGUUCACCAAAUCAGUCAUGUGGUGUAACCAGCAUGUAUGUAGGUAACCACUCCUUAAAGUCUUCUCCAGCACAUCCCAAAGACUUUCAGCAGGGUUAAGGUCAGAAGUCUGUGGUGGCCAAUGCAUGUGUGAAAAUUAUUCCUCAUGCUCCCUGAACCACUCUUUCACAAUUUGAGCACAAUGAAUUUUGGCAUUGUCAUCCUGGAAUAUGCCUGUGCCGUCAGGAAAAAAUCAAUUGAUAGGAUAACCUGGUCAUUCAGUACAUUCAGGUAGUCAGCUGACUUCAUUUUAUUGCCACAUAAUGUUGCUGAGCCUAGACCUGACCAAUUGAAGCAACCCCAGAUCAUAACCAUUAUUCAAAUCCAAACGGCAAUUUUUUACAUUUUUGGCCAGGCAGUGUAUUUAAUGACUGAUGUCUUCCGGUAGAUGUUUUGUAAUGCUGGUCAUGUGUAAUGACACAUUAUAAAUGGGUUUUUCUCUAAUAUCAGAAGGCUAAUAAUUUGCAGUACAUAGAUGCUACACCAUAAUGUGUGUAACAUCCUGCUUUUGUGACAGCAGUGCUCUCACUCGUCUUCCUCUCCUGUGUGUGGAUCUUGAG